GUGGAGCACAGCAGAGAGGCAACUUCCUAAAAACACAUUCCCUCACUCUGAGUGUGCUUGAGGCUGUUGUGUUGUCUGAAACUAUGCAACUUUGUCACUGACUUCUUCACACACGGAUUAAUCUCAGUUUCACCGGAGCUGACUUCUCUCCGGCACACACAUAAUCUGCUGCUUUCACUUUCACAGCGGAGGAGCGGACACUGAGGAACUUUAAGUUUCCUGGAUGGAAACGGACAGUCUGCUGACCGGGAGUGUGAACGGAGUCUCCGGGGAUUAUGGCUCCUCGUCGGGUAUGGGGGUCGGAGGGGCCCCGGACAACAGACGGAUGUCGUACAGUGUCGCCGGAGGGUCGUGCAGAGUCGAGAGGGGCCCAGAUAAUGAGGAACUCUACAUCCAGCAAGCUGUUGUGUUCAUCGAGGACGCCAUACAGUAUCGGUCCAUAAACCACAGAGUGGAUGCCCGCUCACUGCGCCUGUAUCGAUGGUACUACUCCAGGCUAUGCCAGUGGGGCUUGGGCCUCAUCAUUGCCAUAGUGUUGCUGCUGGCAUUCAUAGAGCGCCCGUCCUCCCUUACCAUCACCUCAGACCCCCGGCAUCGCCUUCGGCCCUGGGAGCCUCCCUGUGGCUUGACCGAAAGCAUCGAGAUGUUCUGCCUCAUCAUCUUCUGCAUUGAUCUCGCUGUGAAGAGCUACUUGAUCGGCUGGGACGAAUUCAGGAAGAGCAAAUGGCUGAUUGGCUACACAGCGGUCAUCACAGUCUCCAUUAUCGACUGGGUGUUGUCUGUCAGCAUGGUGUGUGAUGAGAAACUUCGAGUGCGGCGACUCCUCCGGCCGUUCUUCCUCCUGCAGAACUCUUCUCUGAUGAAAAAGACACUGAAGUGCAUCAAGAGGACUCUGCCAGAGAUCGCCAGUGUCAUCUUGCUGCUGGCGCUCCACCUCCUCCUCUUCACUAUGAUCGGCAUGCUGCUGUUUGCGAAAAGUGAGGAUCCAAAGAAGAACGGGGAGUGGAGGUUAUACUUCAGAAACAUGCGCAGUUCGUUAACGUCUCUGCUGGUGCUGCUCACCACAGCCAACAACCCAGAUGUGAUGAUCCCUGCUUACUCCCUGAACAGAGGCUUCGCCAUUUUCUUCAUCGCCUUCAGUGUGAUUGGAACCUACUGUCUGAUGAACUUACUGACAGCCAUCAUCUAUAACCAGUUCAGAGGAUAUUUACUGAUGUCUGUCCAGACGUCCAUCAUCAGGAGACGACUGGGGGUCCGAGCUGCUUUCCAAGUCCUCACCUGCCAGGGAUCCCAAGAGGCCGCUGAGGAGCAUGUGCGUGUUGAGGUGGUGCUGAAGGUGAUGUCCAGGGUCCAGAUGAAGAGCUACUACAGAGAGGCCAUCACUAUGGAGGCACAGCAGUACGUAGACGUCGGCCACAUGGAUCGAGAGCAGUUCAAGAAGAUAUUUGAUGAACUGGAUAAAGAUCGUAUUAAAGAGCACCCUCCCCCGCCCCAGUACAGCUCUCCAGUCCUGCAGAAACUCCAAAUGGUCUUCAGCCACUACUAUCUCACUAUACUUGGCAACGUGGUGGCACUGGCCAACGUCAUAUGCAUUUGUACCGUCCUGGUGUUGAAUUCUGAAAAGUCCACAGCAGAGAGAGACAACUUCGUCAUAGAGAUCAUCAACCUGUGCUUCAUCCUAUAUUACCUGUUUGAGAUGUGUGUGAAGAUCUUUGCCUUCGGCCCCAAGGGGUACCUGUCGUACAGGAACAACAUCUUUGACGGCUUCCUCACCAUCCUGCUGCUGGUCCUACAGAUCACCAUAUAUGUCACCUAUAGGCUUCCUUAUUCUCAAUGGGACCCAGCCUUGCAUGGUGUAAUGUCUCUGUGGGAGAUGGUUCGUUUGAUCAACAUGCUGAUUGUCUUCCGCUUCCUGCGCAUCAUCCCAGAUAUCAAGCUCAUGGCGUUGGUCGCAAGUACACUGUUGGACCUGGUGAAAAACCUCAGAGCCUUUGCAGGGAUACUGAUGGUGGUGUACUAUGUGUUUGCUGUGUUUGGGAUCUGGCUGUUCGAGGGAGCCAUUAAACCUCCUCCAGAGAUCAGUGUGCUCACCAAUACCUCCAUGGAGAACGUCACCUCUAACUACAGCAUGGAGUGUGGCACCUACGAGCAGCUGGAAUACUGGCCCAAUAACUUUGAUGACUUUGCUGCGGCCAUCAUUUUGCUGUAUGACGUCAUGGUCGUCAACAACUGGCAGGCCUUCUUGGAUGCAUACAGCAGAUACACAACUGAGUGGUCAAAGGUCUACUUUGUGUGUUGGUGGCUCACCUCCUCCGUCAUGUGGGUCAACUUGUUUGUGGCGCUCAUCUUAGAGAACUUUAUCUAUAAGUGGGACCGCAGUCACAGCUGCUCUGUUACAGACGUGGAGAGAAUCAGAUAUGAAACCUCUGUUCAGCUCAUGUUCAGAGAGCAGAUCCAGGAGCCAACUGAAGAGGAAUUACUAUGUCAGCUACACCAACACCCACACUUACACUUACACUGGUGACACACACAGAGCACCAGCAACCACGAGCAGCAGAGAGACUGCAACUAAAUGAGUCGAUCGUGUGGUAGAAGCACUGAGAGGUCAAUAUCACUGCAUUCUACUACUAGUGUAUUUUAAUUUUAGAUUAUUGUGAUUUGUAAUGAAUACUACUGAAACCAGUAGGAAGCACAUGUUUUUAUGUGUCAUGUUAUUCAUGAACCACUGCGAGCUGCAGUUUAAUUCGUACACAGACGUCAUGUUACUGAGUUGAACAUGAGUGGGCGGAGCUAAAGAACCACAAGGUGUGUGCCAAAACUAUACUGAAAUAUGAAACGGUAUCUGUAAGUGUCUUUGCAAUAAGUGCACAAGAAAUGGCUUAAACUGUGACAACAAGAAGCUUGUGCAAUUUUUGAUUUGGAAACUGCACAUUGAGAAAGCAAAUCCGAAUUUCCAAAUGUUACUGCUUUAUUUUGAGUUUCACCAGAGUGACAUAAAACCUGAACUGACUAUGAAGUGUUGGGAGAAUGUUGGGCCAGGCUGGGGCCACAUGCGAUUUUAGGAGUGUUAAAUAUAUGUUAUCCACCACUGUUACACACCACCACCGUAGGUUUGGUGCUCCAAAACACAAAAAUUCAGCGUUAAUGUACAUUUUUUUUAUCAUUGUCCAUGAAUAAUCAUAUGCAGCAGUUAGGGGGGUCCGGGUUUAAUAUUAUGUGGGCAGUGUUCCCUCUUUAAAACUGCCAUUGAGAGCUUCCAGAGCAGUCUUUUGCACUUUCUGGUUAAACCACUAAAAUUCAGGAGGUUUUAUUCUUUGAAAUGUGGGAUUUCACCCAACCAUAAAGAUCCAAAUAUAUUGUCUCAUCACACUCUGGUACAUUGGUUAGCAAAGAAUGUAUGUAUGUGUAUGCACCGCUGCUGUAAAAUGAGAAUAACCUUUCUGGUUAUCUUGCUCCCACUUCAGCCCCUUUCACACAGGGAUCAUACAACUUUUGUGGAACAUGCUUCAGAUGCCUCUUGUUACAUGUGACGGACAGUCCUUAGUGGGUUGUGUCUUUUCUCCUCUGCACUGCAGGAGAACAGUAAUAAGUCACACAAUAAUAACAUUACAGCAGCUUGUUUUUGUCACUGACAGGCUCAGAUUGUUAUUAUAAGUGUCUGACAACAUUAUGGAAAGGAUCCCUACAGAGAUAGACCUUCUUGUUAAACCAGAAACACCCCUGAAAUCGCCAUCGCCAAAGCCACCAGACUCCAUUUAAAUAAUUUGUAAUUUUAUCAUUAUAAAACAUACGUCAGAAACAAAAUAAAAUUCCGAAAAACUGUCUUUGUCAAUCUUUCGGCUGUUCCAACAAUCACCAGCUCUGGUUUGGUUGAUAUAAACCUUUAAUCCACAAAGUUAGAUGUGAAAAUGUGCUGCCUCUAUACAUGCUAAAAUUACUCUUUCUUUAAAUGGAGUCUGGUGGGUUUGGCGAUAGCGACUUCGGGGCUGUUUCUGGUUUAACAAAAAGGAUCUUACUCCGUUCCAAAAAGGUUUAUCUCUGUAGGGAUCCUUUCUAUAAUAUUGUCACACACUUAGAGGAACAAUCUGAACAUGUCAGUACAAAAACAAGCACCUUUAGUGUAUGUACAUUGACACUGCACACACGAGAGACAACAUUGCAAUCUGUUUCGCCGCUGCCAGCUGCAGCAGUCUCUCAAUACUGGACCAAUUUUGAAAAAAUGGGCACGGGUUCAGGUUGAAAAGUACCAAAGUUGACCUUUGACAGGUGAAAAAUGAAACAAAAUUGAUCAUAGAAAACAAGUGUCGCACACUCUCACCACCACAUUUCAGUAUAAUAUACAUUUUUUAAUUCACCAUAUUCAAAAUGGUUAAAAUACUAAAGAAUUAAGUGUAUUACUUAUAAAUAGAUUGCAAAAGUUAAGGCAUCAGCUCUAAAUGAACAUCAUGAACAAGAGAUCCCUCUCCAUGGAUGGACAGGCACUCAGUGAAUUACAGAGUUGACACAAAUUUAUAGAUAGAUGGUGAACAGUUUGAUUAGCUUGACUGUAUUAAUCAUUCUGGGCCAAUAAACAGUUUUAAAGUUAGUUAGCUGCAGGUGGAUAAUACAGAAAUACAGAGCACAAAUGUUUGCAGCUGAUGCAGUGGCAGCAUCUUGCACUUUAAAUGAUGCUUUUCAGUAGUGUUUUAGUGAUUGGCUGUGUGGCUCUGUGUCUGAGGUUCACGCCUACUUCACUGAGCCCUGCUGGUCAGUUUCAUCACUGACAUAUGACACACAUAUCUGUUGGCUUUUAUGUAACAUGUAACAGUGGCCAAACCACGUUAGAUAAGUACAGAUGGUAUUUAAUCAACAGCUGCUUUGAUCACCUGUUGUAGAUGUUUGUCUUGCAACUUUUGCUGGCAUGGUUACAAUGUGUGGAACGCUGUAAUCUGAGGGACUUUCUGCGGAGGACGUUAGAAAAACAUUAGGCAUGAACGAGGAAGCGCACACACCUUUAACUGGAAAGCAUUCCUGCACUCAGGAGGAGGAGCGGCUUUGUCUUUUUCAAUCUCUUUUUAGAGAGUCUCUGCACAUUACUGCACAAAAGCCCAGUCCUGAUUAAAUGCCUUUUUUAAUAGAGGUUCUUUGGAUGUAUAAAACCAGCUUGUUGGCUACCUCAAAUUAUGUGUCCAUUCCUCAGUUACCCUGUUAAUUAUUCAUAUUACUUUGAUCUGUAAGGGUCCUCACAUUAAAAGAAUCAAACGAGUUUUUCAUAGAAAUUAUUUCAAGUUAUGAGUAUUGGUUUGCGCUUUCAAAAAAGCUGUCUUUUGUUUGUCAUCGCUUCUGGUGUGGCAGUCAGGGAGAAAGAACAGACAGUAAAAAAUGUGCAAAAGUGCAUAUAGUGCAAAGUCCAACACGGACUGAAAUGUUGGCACUAGAUGUACUUUUGCACAUUUCUCACUUCCUGAACAGCCAGCAGAGGUAAAUAGAGACAUUUGAAAAUUCAGACUCUAAUCUGGAUCUCUUUAGUUCUCUGUGUGCAAGUCCUCCAUUGCUGCGUUUAGCAUUUCAUAAGGAAAUGUUAAAAAAUGUUCUGUCUCACAAUGACUUUCUCUUGGAUCCACACCACGAACCAAACACUUGUUCCUUAUUGACCUGUGGCCUAAUUUACCACACACACACACACAAACACAUACACACACGUGUGAAAGGGGCAUAUACUCUGGGAGUAUCUGUGGUGCUGGUGAGGCUCCACGCUGGAUUAACAUCCAUUUACUAGAUUAAUUAUCAAAAGCUCAGUAAAUAUUAACAGAUGUUUUAUCUUUGCAGAGUGGUGUCUGCCAUAACGCCAGUGUAUUUAGACUUAUUUUGAAACUACAUUUCUAGAUUCUUUCUAGAAAAGACAAAUUGUGCCUUGGUAUUUAUAUAAAUACAGUUUCAAUGCAGUUUAUUUGUAGUAAAAAAAGGGAAUAUAUUUUUAUUGAAAGCGGUCUGGAUGUGUAGGGAAGUUCGAAUUAGAUUUUCUGAUAUUUGUAAUAACUUGAGAUACAGUUUGUAUUUCAGUCUGUAUUUGUGAACUCUUAUAACUGUGUAUAAAAUGAUCCAU